CUCAGUUGCUCUCACUGCUAGUUGCCAAGGGCAGCGAGCUGCUUGCUUAUUACUGUCCUAUUGUCUGCCUCCACCUGCCGCAAGCAAGGGAUGUGGAACAGCAGAUCACACUUCGCCGGCGGGCAGGACAACGACGGCAACGACGACCAGCCAUACGGAUACGGAUACGGUGGCGGCCAGCAGUAUGAAGCAACCGGCGGCAAGAAACGAGCGUCCUCGAGGCUGAAGAAGAGCAGCGGCAGCAAGAAAGACGACGAGUACACCAAGUACGCAGGCAACAGCAACGAGGCCGACGACAACCGCCGCAACAGGCCGAACGACGACAAUAACUACAACGGCGGCGGCGGCAACCACUACAGCGGCGCCGGCGCCGCAAUAGGUGCGCCCUACUACGGUGCUGCUGGCGCCGGCGGCUACGGGAGCAGCUCUCCCUACUACGGCAACGCCGCUGUCCACGGCACCGGCGGCGACGGCGGCGGCGGCUACGCACCGUACAACAACGCUCCCGCCGCCUUCUGGGCUCCCCAGGACGGCACCAGGUCGCCCAUGUUUAUCAGCACUAGGGAGGUGCACGUGUACGGCGCGCCUGGCGGGUACGACAACUACGAUGGCAGCAACAACGACGACCGCCAGAGGAGGAGAGGCGGCGGCGGAUUCUUCGGGCCCGCGUUCCAUGCCGUCGGCCGCUUCUUCGACCGCAAGUUCGGCUUCAGCGACAGGGACUGAAGCGCACAUACGCCGGCGUUGCCAUGCAUUGCAACAUGUAUGCUCGCGGGCAUCUCGUCAAUCGACGACAGAUCUAUCUGCCAUCUGCAUGCGUGCAAUUACACUACCUAGCUUCUUCGUCCGCGUACUAGUGCCCUGCUAUCGUUAGCUAGAGCUCACUGCUCACCACCAGGAGCCGUUUAUUGCAUCAAAGUAUUUAUUCCGAGUGUGCCAUCCAGUGUCGUAUUUGGUUUCCGUUGUGAUGGAGAUGAACCGUAUGUAUACAUUAAUACAUGCAUGUCUAUAGCAGAAUGCAAAUAUGCAUAUGUGUGGUGUGUGCUUGCUGCUGAGAUUUGUGUGCAAGGGCAGCAAGCUAGUGUGUGUGCUAUACUAUUUUGUUUGUAGACAGUGUAAUAAUUAUAUUAUGUAUAUGGUAGUGGUAAUUGUUUAAGAUAGGGUUGCGAAAACCUUUGAAUAA